GGAGCCGCCGCGCGCUCAGCAGCGAGGCUUAAAGAAUCACAAUAAUAACACUUCCCCAAAAAAUCGUACAAAAAGGGCGAGCGAUCGCAGGUGAUCGAGGCGAGCGAUCCUGGGGGAAGGCGAGGCCAGGCGCUGGAGGCAGAGGGCGGGGCCUGGCUCAGGGAAACCCGAGUGGACAGAAAGUAACUUUGCAAGGCGCAGCAUGGCAGUGGCAGUAGCGGAACGCCCGGGCAGGCUCUGCGGACGGGUGCCGCGGCUGUGAGCGCGCAAGCGGAGAGGGUUGAUCGCGGGGCCAAGCGGAAGGUGCCCCGGCUGGGCUCGGCUCGGAGGAGUCCCUGCGAGAUCGCGGCAGGCUGAGACCGAGGGACUUGGAGAGAGAAAAAACGACCCGGGUUUAUUAUUAUUAUCAUUAUUGCAAUCCGGGUUGCGCGAUUUGGCUUUGGAGUAGGUGGGAACCUGCGGCCAGCUUGCCUCUCUUCAUUGUUGUCCAGGCACAUCAGGCUUCCUCCUCCUCCUCCGGAGCCGGUCCGGUAACCGGGCAGCGUUCAAGGGAUCGGGCGGGCGCCGCCGGAGCGCACAGCCAGGCGAGGCGAGCGGGCGCCGGAGCGCUCCAGCCGCGCGUCAUGGAGAGCGCGCACAGCUCGACGGCCGAGGAGGUGCUGCGGCGCUUCGGCGUGCGCGAAAGCUGCGGGUUGAGCGCGGAGCAGGUGCGGCGGAACCGGGAGAAGUACGGCGCCAACGAACUCCCUGCUGAAGAAGGAAAAUCGCUCCUGGAGCUGAUAUUAGAGCAGUUCGAAGACCUCCUAGUUCGGAUCCUCCUCUUGGCUGCCUUCGUUUCCUUUAUCCUGGCCUGGUUUGAGGAAGGGGAAGAAACAGUGACGGCUUUCGUGGAACCCAUAGUUAUUAUCAUGAUCCUCCUUGCCAAUGCGGUGGUGGGGGUGUGGCAGGAGAGGAAUGCAGAGAGUGCGAUUGAAGCCUUGAAGGAAUAUGAACCAGAAAUGGGGAAGGUGAUCAGGGCAGAUAGGAACGGAGUUCAACGGAUCCGAGCACGCGACAUUGUCCCAGGAGAUAUUGUAGAGGUGGCAGUUGGUGACAAGGUGCCUGCCGAUAUCCGGAUCAUUGAGAUCAAGUCGACGACGUUACGAGUAGACCAGUCCAUUCUCACUGGUGAAUCUGUUUCUGUUAUCAAACACACAGAUCCAGUCCCUGACCCCAGGGCUGUCAACCAGGAUAAAAAGAACAUGCUUUUUUCCGGUACCAACAUUGCUGCAGGAAAAGCGGUUGGCGUCGUCAUUGCCACGGGAGUGUACACUGAAAUUGGGAAGAUCAGGAACCAGAUGGUCGCCACCGAGCCUGAGAAAACCCCCCUGCAGCAGAAGUUGGACGAAUUCAGCCAGCAGCUCUCGAAAGUCAUCUCCCUGGUCUGCAUCGCCGUUUGGGUCAUCAACAUUGGCCACUUCAGUGACCCCGUGCACGGCGGCUCUUGGUUCCGUGGGGCAAUAUAUUACUUCAAGAUUGCCGUGGCCUUGGCCGUGGCGGCAAUUCCCGAAGGGCUUCCGGCGGUCAUCACCACUUGCCUGGCGCUGGGCACCCGCCGGAUGGCCAAGAAGAACGCCAUCGUGAGGAGCCUCCCUUCCGUGGAGACCCUUGGCUGUACAUCGGUCAUUUGCUCUGACAAGACGGGCACUUUGACGACCAAUCAGAUGUCCGUGUUCAGGAUGUUCAUUGUUGAGAAGAUAGAAGGAAUCCAUUGCAGCCUACAUGAGUUCACUAUCUCCGGGUCUACGUACACGCCGGAGGGACAAAUUUUCAAGAAUGACAGGCCUGUUCGCUGUGGACAGUUUGACGGCCUGGUGGAACUCGCCACAAUUUGUGCCCUUUGCAAUGACUCCUCCCUAGAUUACAAUGAGUCCAAGAAAGUCUACGAAAAAGUGGGCGAAGCCACAGAAACGGCCUUGACAUGCCUGGUGGAGAAGAUGAACGUUUUCGACACGGAUACCAGCAGCCUCUCCAAAGUCGAGAGGGCCAACGCGUGCAAUACAGUGAUCAAGCAGCUGAUGAAGAAGGAGUGCACCCUUGAAUUUUCCCGUGACCGCAAGUCCAUGUCGGUUUACUGCACGCCAGUGCCGACCAACCACAACUCUUCUGGGAGCAAGCUCUUCGUCAAGGGUGCCCCAGAGAGCGUUAUCGAGCGCUGCAACUACGUCCGCGUCGGUGGCAACCGAGUUGCCCUGACUCUCUCCGCCAAGGAGAAGAUACUCUCCAAGAUCCGGGAGUGGGGCACCGGCAUUGACACUCUGCGCUGCCUCGCAUUGGCCACGAGAGACCACCCUCCCCGGAAGGAGGAAAUGCGUCUGGACGAUUCCAGCCAGUUCAUCAACUACGAGAACAACCUGACCUUUGUGGGUUGUGUGGGGAUGCUGGACCCUCCUCGGAAGGAAGUGAUGCUGUCCAUCGAGAUGUGCAAGAAAGCCGGCAUCCGGGUCAUCAUGAUCACUGGCGACAACAAAGGGACGGCCGUGGCCAUCUGCCGGAGGAUUGGGAUCUUCUCGGAGAGUGAAGAGGUGGCGGACAAAGCCUACACGGGGAGGGAAUUCGACGACCUCUCGCCGGAGGACCAGAGCAACGCCUGCCGAUCUGCUCGCUGCUUUGCCCGCGUGGAGCCUGCCCACAAGUCCAAGAUAGUGGAGUACCUGCAGUCGUUCAAUGAAAUCACAGCUAUGACCGGCGACGGAGUGAACGAUGCCCCGGCGUUGAAGAAAGCCGAAAUUGGCAUUGCCAUGGGCUCCGGCACAGCGGUGGCAAAGUCGGCGGCGGAAAUGGUCUUGUCCGAUGACAACUUCUCCACCAUCGUCGCAGCCGUGGAGGAGGGCCGUGCCAUCUAUAACAAUAUGAAGCAGUUCAUCCGCUACCUCAUUUCCUCCAACGUCGGAGAAGUGGUCUGUAUCUUCCUGACAGCCAUCCUUGGCCUCCCCGAAGCGUUGAUCCCAGUCCAGCUGCUUUGGGUCAACCUGGUGACCGAUGGGCUGCCAGCGACGGCUCUCGGCUUCAAUCCGCCUGACCUUGACAUCAUGGACAAGCUGCCACGGAAUCCCAGGGAGCCUCUGAUCAGCGGGUGGCUCUUUUUCCGCUACCUUGCCAUUGGAGUGUAUGUUGGCUUUGCCACUGUGGGUUCAGCUACCUGGUGGUUCUUGUAUGACCCCGAAGGACCACAAGUUACCUUCCACCAGCUGAGGAACUUCAUGCGAUGCACAGAGGACAACCCCAUCUUCGAAGGCGUCGACUGUGACAUUUUCGAAUCACGUUACCCGACCACCAUGGCGCUCUCUGUGCUGGUGACCAUUGAGAUGUUAAAUGCACUCAACAGUGUGUCUGAAAACCAGUCGCUGCUCAGGAUGCCUCCUUGGCUGAACCUCUGGCUCCUGGGGGCCAUUGUCAUAUCCAUGGCUCUGCACUUCCUGAUCCUCUACAUGAAGCCAUUGCCUCUGAUCUUCCAGGUGACACCACUUAGCUGGCCCCAAUGGGUAACGGUGCUGAAAAUCUCCUUACCGGUUAUCCUGCUGGAUGAAGGACUCAAGUACCUUUCCCGCAAUCAUUUAGAUGGAAGAGAUGCUAAGAAAUGAAAUGACACCAAAAGGAACUCAAUUUCUCCGCAAUUGAACCCUCAGCUCCUAACUGGGACUGAAGAAUCUGCAUGCCUGAACAUCACCAGAAGCCAACGAGGAAUAUGCAUGCUUUUGAAAAAAGUGUCGGACUUAAUGCGGGUGAAUCGUUAAAGAAAAGGAAAAUAACAAACAACCUGGUUUUAUUUUUAGUUUUGUUUUUACUCUUGUUACGUAGCUUCCCCUUCCACCCUUGUACAUAGUGGUGGAAAGACUGGACAGCUAAAUUAUGGCUUAGGGGGUAGAAGUUUGCAAUGUCAUGAAGGCAGGAGAGCCCAGAUCCUUAAAGGUCUGCUUCUUCAAAAUGUAAUCUUUUCCCCCCUAUAAUUUUCUCUUCUUCCCCACCCUCCAAAUCUUCAGUGCCCUAAAAACCUGUAUUUUUCUGUCUCGGAAAGGAAGUGAGCUUGUGGUAGUUUCAGGGAGAGUUCUUGACAGACGCCACCCCUGCUCAGGAAAAGGUAGCAUUAAGUGUUACCCUUGAUGCUCUGACUUAAUUUAACUCUCACCUGAAACCCAUAAGGGGAAAAUCACACAAAUUGCUUUGGAGAUUUUUUUCCCCUACCCCAAGUUGCAUUCCAAUGUAUCUCAAGGUAGUCAAAUACCCCUAAAUCCAAUCAACAAUGCGCUAUCAGAAGAAGAUUCUUUUAUGUAUUUAUUUUAUAAAUUUGCAUGCUGUGAAUCAAAUGGGGGGAAUCAUACCUAGGCAAUGAAGAUAACAAAAUUGGCUUAACACAAUCUGUUUUAAAGCCAUCAGAAGUCAGAUCAGCCCAAGAACUGGGAAAGCUUGAGUAAAUAAUGAUGUUUUAAGUUCUUAAGGAAUCUGUUUCCUUUGAUCAGUUUUUGUUGAAAAAUGCUGUGGGACAUUUUUGUUACUAACAUUGUCUGGGACUAAAAAAAGGAAAUAAUCCCAGUAGCAAAAAUAAAUCAUUUUCUUGGGAUAAAUUUCCCCUGGACUCUCCAAAAGAAAACUGUCUGGGCACAUAAAUUGAGCCAGAGUUGUAGAUAAUUUGGGGCAAUGGCAAAACUUGGGAUAUUUAAUCUUCUCCCAGAUGCUUCUUUGGAACGCAGAAAGAAAACGGUCAAUGGUAAGUGGCUGAAAUAUGUGGGCAUUAUUUACUACUGAACAUUGUCUUAGGUCAGCCUUGCACAACCUGGUUGUGAUCCAGAUGUUUGGGAUCACAACCCCCAUCAACCAGCAGAGCUGCGCUAACUCGGGCAGAUGGGACUUGAAGUCCUAAACACCUGGAAGGGCAUAACUAUGCUGUAGAUCUUUGUGUAAAUUCUGCAGCGAAAAGUGCCCUGGGGGUGUAAUUGCAACCCCAAAGGUCUGAGUUAAUUUCAGUCCCAUUCAUUUAUCCUGCCUUUCAGUCUAACAACCCUGGGAAUUAUUGGGAGUCCUGUGGGGGGCUGAAUGCUGAAUGGUGUCUGUACACCACAAAACUACAAUUCCUAAGGUUGAGGAUUCUGUGUUUAUGCUGUGUUUUCAUUUGCUGUUUUUAUGUGAGAGAUGCAAUUCCAGUUUAAGCUGUUUUCAACCACGUUUGGUUGGGUAGGUCUGCUUUGCACUAGGGCAGUGAAUGCUAUCAACGGGGCACUGUUGCCACCAUACUAACAUAACAUUUAAAAAUGUGGGUGUUGCACCUUCAUCUCAGGGAUGUUACUGUGGCACUUUUAGGUUCAUCCUAGCGCCGCAAAAGUUGGAGUGUUUGCCGUGACUAAUUCUUGCACAAUUUAAUUUGCUACAAAAUCUUUUUAGGGUGGGGUGGAUUCUGGUGCAUUAUCCUGCCACAUUAUCCUGCCACCUUUUUUUCUUGUUAAGGGUUUCCAUGACCCUUGAGACACAUAUCAGAACCCAUGUGUCUUACCUUUCAAACUGGUCACAUUAAGCCAAGAAGAAAUUCCGUGGACCAUUUGGAAUAAGCAACUGCAGAACUGAGAAUGCAUUAACCAAAUCUGAGGGGAACCCCUGAAGGUGAAUGAGGGCUGAGCAAGCUGGGGAAAAACUUCCUUAUAUCUCCAGGCUAACAAACGCUGGAUCUGUUUGAUGUUCUUGAUUGUCAUGCACAGACAAAUUAAGUCACAGGCACAUAUUGUUAAAUGCACAGCAGCAGUGCCAGGAAAGAAGGUGGCAACCCAUUGUGUGUGUCACGUUCCUAUAGUUAUUGCUUUGCUAAUUGAGUUUCAUCCCCUCUGUGUCUCAACUUGGGCUAUGCAUUUGUUUGCUUUAUUUAUAGAUACCUGGUCCAUGUGUUGUGCUAAGGCAAACCAUGGUUUACGGUGAAUGCCCUGGCUCCCGAAGAGGAGAUUGCAGUUGCUGCUGGUUUGUUCUGCUGCUGGUUUGAAUUAAGCCAUGGUUUCGUUUAGCUUGUUGUCCAAACCUGAGCUUGUCGUUUAACUCUCCUGGACAAAGAACAAGCCAUAACUCCUAGGACAGUCCUUGGGUACUGCUCACGUUUAGCCUGUAGAGAGCUAAACCAGGAGUCCAGGUUCAGAGAGCAUGCUAAGCCAAAUUAUGGUUUGAUUUAGCAUGGGACAGCGGCCAAAGGGUCCCAUUCUCUAGGAUUCCACAUGUUGGUGCUAAGCCAGGCUUAAUAUAACAUGCAAAUCCAUUGCUAAAUUUAAAACAUUGUUUAAACCUACUUAUCUGUCAUCUUUCCCAACCCAAAGAUAUCUCAGAACUGUAGUUUUUAGGCUAUGAAUAUUUAGAGAAAAAUGAUGCAAAGGUUUGUUUUUCUUUUGUGAGUUUGAAACUGCUCCCCCCCAAAAAUAAACUUUUUGAUGCCUUUUCUUGCAAAGCUGUUCACUUACCAGCUUACCUUGCCCUCAUUCUCUCACUUACCCUUACUGAUGUCAUCAGGUAGACCAGGCUAGCCAAUGGGAUGCCCUUCAGCAGUUGUGGGAUUACAACUACCAUCAGCCCCAGCCAAUGGUCAGCGAUGAUGGGGGGUUGUAGCCGACCAACAGCAACUGUACUAGACCGUCUGCUCCUGAGAUAGCAAAGCAUGAUAGGCUGCACAGUACUGCAGCAGCAACCUUCUCGUGGCGUGAUUCCUGCUUGGCUGGACUUUCCCUGGGGUGAAUCCUAGAAGGCAGAGGAAGCAGCAAGUGGGUAAACAAAGGCCAGGAAACAGGAUACGAAUUUGUAUAUUCUAAACUGGUGGGGAAGGAUCUCUGCUGUACCAAUGGCCAAUUUCUACUGAAAACUAAAAGUGGAGAAUCUUUUCUAAAGCCCCAAUCCAGCCUCUUUGCAUCAUUCUCCCUGCUCCAGUGCCCUUCCGGAUAUUUUGGAAUUCUCUUCCCAUCAUCCUGGACCCAUUGCUGUACUGGAGGGCAAGUUUGGAAGGCUGACUCCAAUCUCAUAUCUUAGCUGAGACUAGACAAUUCUAUAAUUCUAUGAAGUUUGUAGCGACCCCUUUAAAUAAUAAUAAAAGAAACAACUACUGGAAUUCUCAGGGAAAGCCUAAACCAGACUCCAGCCUGAUUUUGUAGUAUUUACCUUUGUUGUCUUGGAGGUAACGCUGCACCCUUUAGCAUUUUUGUCGAAGGAUGUGAGUGAGGGGGCAGCCCUAAUUUUUGGCAAAGUCAGGGAAUCACCUCAGGCUCCAGAUGUGGAGGGUAGGGGGCAGUGACAGCCCCCUACAGAUGUUCCCCCAGAGCCCCCUGACCAUUCCAUUCUCUUGGGGAGCAGAGCUGUGUCUGCCACCGAGCCCCUAUAUUAAGGCCCAGGGCACAAUGCUAUCCUGUUGCUUGUGUUUAAAGGAAGAUUCAGCUGCCGAUCUAGCUGGUUUCUGGACAUGAAAUGGAAAGGAGGCCAUCUUGGCCAUACAUUUAAAGUACCGUGAUCCCGCCUUGAACUGUCAUGGCUUCUGCCCCAAAGAAUUCUGGGAGCUGUGGUUCUUUGAGGGUGCUGAAAGUUGCUAGGAGGCGCCUAUUUCCCUCACAGAGCUACAGUUCCCAGAGAAGAGGGAUUGAUUUAGUUAGUCCACUGUGGGAACUGUCGUUCUGGAAGAGGAAUCCAUGACUGUUUAAAGUGGUAUCAUAAUGCUUUAAAUGCAUGGUGCCCCGCAGCAAAAAUGUCUUAGGCCAGCCCUGCCUAGGUUGAAAUAUUCUCAGUGUAGUUAUAGCAGGCUAAAAUCUGACAGGUACCCCCGAAAAGUUCAUCUGUGGAUUUAUACCGUUUUUUGGUUUUUGUUUUAAGAGAGACAGGCAAAGAGAGAUCAGUCACACAUAUUGGACCUGCUUAAGCAGCUUUUGUUUUAUUUUUUAAAAUGACAAUUCUCCAAUAUGCUGAUUGAAUAUCCGGCAACCCCUUUCUUCUUUAUCACCAGCAUUGUAUAAAAUAAGAUGUUAAUUAAAUAAUUGGGAGCAUCAUCAGGUCUCUGGGAGUGUACAGACUUGAAUAUACUACUGAGUUGGUUUUGCUGUACAGGGAAAAAAAUUCUUGCAUGAAAUGUUGUUACUGUAUUUAAUAUAUAAAUGUAUUCAAGAAAUUUUAAUAUGGAGGUUUUUUGGAGAGGGGGGAAAACCCUUUAUAGAUAACUGUGUGUGAUUUCAGGAAAGUUGUUUUAAGAAACAGAAAGAAAAAUUAUUCUUCACAUUC